GCUCUCGCGAGAGAGGACCCGAUUUCCUGUAGUGACAAAAAAGAUGGCGGAUCGGCUAACGCAACUUCAAGACGCAGUCAAUUCGCUCGCUGAUCAGUUCUGUAAUGCCAUCGGCGUUCUGCAGCAAUGCGCUCCACCUGCCUCUUUCAGUAACAUCCAGACGGCCAUCAACAAGGAUCAGCCUGCUAACCCCACUGAAGAAUACGCUCAACUGUUUGCAGCUCUGAUAGCCAGGACAGCCAAAGACGUGGACGUCCUGAUCGACUCUCUGCCAAGCGAGGAAUCUACGGCGGCCCUGCAGGCGGCCAGCCUCCGUCAGCUGGAGGAGGAGAACCACGACGCGGCGGCCCGUCUGGAGGAGGUGGUGUACCGCGGCGACAUGCUGCUGGAGAAGAUCCAGAACGCGCUGGCCGACAUCGCCCAGUCGCAGCUGCGCACCCGCAACGGAGCGCUCAGCCAGCCUUCGCCGGCCGAGUCCUGACGUCUCGUCCUGCCACCAAUGGACACUUUUUUGUUGUUGUUUUUUUUUUUCCACAUGGCAAAUGCUUAUUUUUCAAUCUCUCCACUGCCAAACGUGUGUCUGGGAUGAACAACGCUAGACUCUCCAAUAUAGUUUAAAGGUAAAGGCAUUAUUUUGAAAUCAAAUAAUUGAAGUCAUUCUGAAUUGUAUUUUUCUUAUUUAUUAUUUUUUGGCUUGCUUAAGUAAAAAAAAAAAAGAAGCUCAUUCGGACAUUCACCCUAGCAACACGUCCGCUGUUAUAUAUGUAGAUUCUAUGUUGUACAUUUCAUUUGUUGUUUUUUUGACGAUAUUCUGCUUUUUGACAAAUGUAAACACUUCAGUCUGCUUUGAGAAGGGUUACAGUGUAAAUAUAUGAUUAAAAAUACAGAGCAGCAUUUCCACUAAAAGCCUACACUUUAUUUUAGUUGAUCUGAUUUAUGUCCAACAUAAAUACUUCAUGGAUCAGGUCUGAAUAGCAUUGGGGUUUUUGUUUUGUCUUUUAAAUGAAUGAUGGGUUUACUCCCACUGUGCUAAACGACAAAUGUCACUGCUUGAAAGUAUGUUUAAUGGCUUCAUAUGUUACAUUAAAACACCUUUGAGAGAUGG